GAGAGCAGAUCUGGACACUCGCAGCUUUUGAACCCCGCUUCAUCAAACUCAUCGAACUCGACCGCAGCUCUCCAUCCUUCAACCAAACCUGGGACUCACGCGUACCAGGACAACCCAAGCACCCGGGCAUCAUCGGCGCCUGCCGCGAAUCCAACGCCAUAGCAUCCAAAUAGUACAAGCGCUGCUACGAGAAAGCCCAGCUCUAUCCUGACCGGGAGUCCAUCGACUGGUCCCUUACACCCAGGGAGGAGCUCAUGCAAGCAAAGAAAAUUGCGAUGAAAUGCCACGGUACCCACCUCUACGUCAACUACAGCUGCGACAUAUUCCUAGUGGAGAAGCUCCCUGGAACCGAACACCUCUGCAGAUCAGAGCAUAUCUACGAUUACAACUUCAAGCACUACCAGCUACAAUAUGUUCAACGCGUUCAGCAGGUCUAUAAGGAGGAGGUGGGUAUGAGCUUUCCGCUUUUGCUGUUCUGGUUUGCGGAGAUUAGAGAUUAUAGAUUGGAGCUAGAUGAGAAGUCGAAGGAGUUGAUUGCUGGAUUGAGUGAAUUGGAUAAGGGGAUUCAUUUGAGACAGCUUAGGAUUGUUGUCAUGAGGGCUUUGUCACAUUUUCUAAAUACGAUGCCGUUGAGGGUGCCGCUGACGAAGUGGGAGGUGGAGGUGGUAUGACUGGGGUUCUAGGUGAUUGGAAAAGAUCGAGAUUGUUGCAAGCUGGGUUCCAAAAACUUGGGCUUAAUGCAUUUACAAGGAGCAUUUGGCAUAGCCAGCAUGACCAGAGCGGUUCGUGCCAAUGGUUUUAGAAUGUAUCUAUCAAAGGCAACAUACGUUGAAACUUUCACUGGCCCUGAAAAUUUGAAUAAAAGUGCC